AUGGUGGAUUCUUCGAGGUGGAGGCUGGGAUGGUUGAGGGAGACGCAAGUGGGUAGGAAAGUGUGGGCCAAGGGUGAUUGGCUCGCGAUAGUGGCUCGCGAUGGUGGCCCACUAAGGAGGUGGCGCGAGGCUAGGGAGAGGGUGAAGAUGGGAUGUUCCCCACGCAGUGUGGUGGAGUUGACGGAGGGAGUUGUGGGUGGCCUCGGCAAGAUCAAUGAGGUAACAGUGGCGUGUGUUGUAAUACCGAAAAAGGUUGCGGAAUCGUGUUCCUUGUUUGGUUUGGAAGGUAGGAGGAUGGAAGAGAGACGGCGUCUAUCCUCUUUGUUGGAAGAUAUGACAACCCUGUCCGAUAUAGGGGUUGCUGCUGCCAUAAACAUUUCCAGCGCAUUGCUUUUCUUUGUGGCAUUUGCUAUUUUGAGGCUUCAACCUUGGAACGAUAGGGUGUACUUUCCAAAAUGGUAUUUGAAGGGUUUAAGAACAGAUCCAGUUCGUGGAAGAGCGUAUGUGAGCAAGUUCAUCAAUUUAGACUGGAAAGCAUAUCUUGGGUUUUUGAAUUGGAUGCCAGAAGCAAUUAGAAUGCCAGAACCUGAGCUUAUUGACCAUGCAGGAUUGGACUCUGUUGUUUACUUGCGGAUAUACUUGAUAGGGCUUAAAAUUUUUGUCCCUAUAGCAUUCCUGGCUUGGACUAUUCUGGUUCCUGUCAAUUGGACUAGUACUGGUCUAGAAGGAGCGCAUAUAAGAAACAUAACUUCCAGUGACAUUGAUAAACUCUCGGUUUCUAAUGUCCAUAGUCGAUCUGAAAGAUUUUGGGGACACAUAAUAAUGGCUUAUGCCUUUACCUUUUGGACAUGCUAUAUUUUGCUAAAGGAAUAUGGGAAGGUAGAAUCAAUGAGACUUGGCUUUCUUGCAGCAGAAAAGCGUCGUCCUGAUCAAUUUACGGUGCUUGUUAGAAACAUUCCUUCAGACCCUGAUGAAUCUGUGAGUGAGCUUGUUGAGCACUUCUUUCUGGUCAAUCAUCCAGAUCACUAUCUCAGUCACCAGGUUGUUUAUGAUGCCAACAAACUUGCGAAGUUGGUUAACAAGAAUAAGAAAUUGAAGAAUUGGCUUGUCUACUAUCAAAAUAAACUUAAGAGAACUUCAAACAGACCUGAAAUAAAGACUGGUUUCCUUGGUCUUUGGGGAAGCAAAGUGGAUGCUAUUGAUCAUCACAUCACUGAAAUUGACAAGUUGUCAAAAGAAAUUGUUGUAGAGAGGGAAAAGGUCACAAAUGAUCCCAAUUCUAUCAUGCCUGCUGCAUUUGUUUCGUUUAAAACAAGAUGGGGUGCUGCCGUCUGUGCACAAACUCAGCAAACCAGAAACCCAACUCUUUGGUUGACUGAAUGGGCUCCAGAACCACGAGAUGUAUAUUGGCGAAACUUGCCAAUUCCCUAUGUGUCCCUCACUGUCAGGAGGUUAAUCAUAGCUGUAGCAUUCUUUUUCCUCACUUUCUUUUUUAUGAUUCCCAUUGCAUUUGUUCAAACCCUUGCAAGUAUUGAAGGAAUCCAGAAAGCAGCACCAUGGCUGAAGCCAUUGGUUACCAUCUCUUUCAUCAAGUCAUUCAUUCAAGGUUUUCUACCUGGUAUUGUGCUGAAGCUAUUUCUUAUCUUCCUGCCAACAAUAUUGAUGAUCAUGUCUAAAUUUGAAGGCUUUGAAUCUAUAUCAUCUCUGGAGAGAAGAUCAGCUUCUAGAUACUAUCUUUUCAAUUUUGUGAAUAUAUUUCUUGGGAACAUACUUACUGGAACAGCAUUUCAACAGCUGAGCUCUUUCAUUCACCAGCCAGCCAACCAAUAUCCGGUAACAAUUGGCACAGCUAUUCCUUUAAAAGCAAGUUUCUUCAUUACUUAUAUAAUGGUUGACGGGUGGGCUAGUAUAGCUGCCGAGGUUUUGAUGCUGAAACCGCUAAUUUUUUAUCACUUGAAGAAUUUCUUCUUGGUGAAAACUGAAAAGGACAGGGAAGAGGCCAUGGAUCCAGGGAGUAUUGGUUUCAACAAUGGAGAACCUCGCAUACAAUUGUACUUUUUGUUGGGUCUAGUAUAUGCUGCAGUCACACCUGCUGUUCUUCCUUUCAUAAUAGUCUUCUUUGGCCUGGCCUAUGUUGUGUUCCGUCAUCAGAUCAUUAACGUAUACAAUCAGGAGUAUGAGAGUGGUGCAGCAUUUUGGCCUGAUGUCCAUUUCCGUAUAAUUUUGGCAUUGAUAGUCUCACAGAUAGUUCUGAUGGGGCUUCUCACCACCAAGAAAGCUGCUUCAUCAACUCCUUUUCUCAUUGUGCUCCCAAUACUAACCAUAUGGUUCCAUAGGUAUUGCAAAGGCCGUUUUGAAUCUGCAUUUGUUAAAUUUCCCUUACAGGAAGCAAUGAUGAAAGAUACAUUAGAACGAGCAACCGAACCUAACCUGAAUUUGAAAGGUUAUCUUCAAAAUGCCUAUGUUCAUCCAGUUUUUAAGGAGAGCAUGGACGACGAGGACAGUGAGAACGAGACACUUAGUAUGGACUUUGAAACUGAAAGUGCGAUUGUGCGCACAAAACGCCAGUCCCGAAAGAAUACACCAUUGCCCAGCAGAAACAACGAUGCGUCAUCUCUUUCGUUGUCUGAUGGUAUUCAAAAUCAUCCAGAGCCUUAA